AUGGCGACGUCAGCCGCGGUGGCUGCCCUGACUGGAGAUUGCGACGACGACUGGGCUUCUAGGGAGGAGCGGUGGAGUUCGCACCGCAAGGUGUCUGAGAUGGCGGUUUGGAAUGGGAUAACGACAUUGUCUCUUUUGGCAAACGAGGAUUUCCAGCACAUUCUACGUGUGUUGAAUACCAACGUUGAUGGGAAGCAGAAGAUUAUGUUUGCUCUGACCUCCAUCAAGAGUAUUGGAAGGAGAUUCGCCAACAUCUGUUGCAAGAAGGCUGAUGUUGACAUGAACAAGAGAGCUGGUGAGUUGGGUGUUGCUGAGUUGGACAAUGUGAUGACUGUUGUUGCCAACCCUAAGCAAUUCAAGAUCCCAGAUUGGUUCCUCAACAGGAAGAAGGACUACAAGGAUGCCCUCCACAUGAAGCUCAGGGAUGACCUUAAGAGACUCAAGAAAAUCUGGUGA